AUGAGUGCGUGUGACCGAUUCAAAGAAAGCUCAAUUUCAGACUUUGCCAACUACUUUAUUGUCCAUUACACAAAUGUACUGCUGAAGCCUCUGAUCGGCGUCAGGAACAUGCAUCUCAUUGUGCUCGGCAAAGAGAAUCUCGUUAUGUCUCUUGACUCUGAAAGCCCGAUCUUCAACAUCGAGCGGCUGGGGCGAGACAAUUAUCUCGACACUCUUCAACAGGAACUUGCCGCCCUGCACAUCUGA